CGUGCGCUCGCUCAGUUGCAGUUCGGUGGUCGUCGCGAGAACUUGUUGCGUGCGCAGAUAUUUUGCCUGUUCAGUGUUUCUUUUGGUUUUUUUUUCGUUGUUCGAUUUAAGUUGGCAAAAUUUCGUUAUAGUUUUUACUUCGAAUAGUCUAGCGUUACUUGUUUUUUUUUCUUAUUAUUUUGGUUUGUUUGUUGCCGUUCACUGUUGAUGAUGAUGCCGAUGUAGUGGUGGUUCCAUUCAUCCGAAUUCGUUCGAUUCGCAGUGUUCGAUGCUUAAGUCGCGUUAUUUGUGCUAGAAACUGAUCAGCUGGACGGAGACGAAAGGCGAAGAAAGGGACUGUCAGCCUCCCCUGUCAGUGUGUUUGUGUUGUGAUGUAAAGACACAAGAAAUAAGUGGAGAAAAAAAAAACUUUAGCUGUGCUGUUGCCUCCGGUGAGCGCCCGUAUAUUACCGCUCAUUUGCGAGACAGGAGUUCGCAAUCAGAUCACCGCCUACUGGUGUCAUAUAAAUCAGAAUCGAACAGCCCGGCGAGGUUCGGGUAAAAAGUAACACACACCGAAAAUUUAAAAAAAAAACCGAUGCGAUAAGUGACGAGUGUGAGUGUAUGUGUGUGUGUGUGUGUGUGUGUUAUCUUCAAUGAUAACAACAGUCCAUGUUUUGGUAGGAAGAAACGGAAGAGCAGAGCAAUAAGUGAUCGAAAAUUCGAGUUGCAGUGCGAUUGUUAUCAGCUGAUGUAAUUACAGCUGCAGCAAUAAAUAAUCAGUCACCUGGGGAAGUAAGAAAAAGAAGUUUCAGCUUUCAGUGCAUUGAGGAGCCGGUGCUGACGGGCUGGCGUGCAACGUUGUUGUGAAAGUGUGAAAACCGCUGCAAUUGAUAGAGUGUAUUUGUUUCGUUGUUUUUUUUUUUCAAUCAAAGCACCAGUGCGAAGAGAAUUGAGGUGGUGCGGCUAGUUAAGGAAUCAACGAGUCGGUUUUCAGUUUAUAGCAACAAACCAAAAGUGCGGAUAAAUCGUGAAAAAAAUAUAUAUAAAUACGAGACGGUACGGCAGUGGGACCGGUAGUGACGCGCGACUGUGUGGCCAUUGUUCGUGAGCAGGGAACCGUCAUUCGACAGUAGGAAUGAUUGUACGUAAAAGUGUGCUCCGAAGCGCAGCAUGAAAACCGAAACCACACCGAUAGUAGCCGAUGGUUUAUGUUGAUAGAAUUGGCGGUUUUUUGCUGUUAGGUAGACGCUAAUAGUGGGUGGCUUAGUCAGACGAGAGCAGCAGGAGGAGGAAAAAAAAUCAAUUCAAUUAACCAACAGUUUGUAAACCUAUUGAAGCGUGCGGUCUCUCAUUUUUCAUUUCCCCCCGGAGGUUGGUGUUGAUACGGGAAACGUUCCGCUAGAUGCCGCCACAGAUUUUACCCUCGAAGAUGCAGUCCCGUGAGCAUCCGUUCAAUCGUUCGACGCGACCUCUGCUGGAACGACGGGCCGCCAACAUGGCGCAACCGCAAGUGCUGAGCAGUAAGCAAAUCAACGCAAAAUCACCGCCAACCCGUGGCUACAACGACUUCAAUCUCAUCACUCGGCAGUACGAAAACUUGAAUUCCAACAAGGGUUACCCGUACGGUAGUCCCCCGUCACCAACUCACCUCAACCAAAUUGACUUUCAAUUUUCCGAUGUAAAUGAGCCGCGUUAUCGACCGGUAGCACCAGCCGCCACACGAUACCUACCGGCCAGUACCAAUCGGAACAACAGUGACCAUGAGGACGACGACGAUGAGGACGAUUACGAUGAGUUGGUGUACCAUCACAACCAGUUGAACGUCCAGCAAGUCCCGGCCGUUCCGAGGCGACGAUUGAUCGAUGCAAGUUCGCCGCCCGUUCCACCACAGCGGAUAAUCCCGGUGGAGACUUCGACGCCACCGUCGCUGCCGCUGCCACCGCCGCCGCCGCCGCUAUCCCGAGGGGAUACUCUCGAGCACGAGGGACCGUUCGUGUUUGGCGUUCAUCAUCCGAAUACUUUUACACCGGCCUACGGCAAAGGCAAGGAUACCGCCGUCGUCGUCGUCGGCAGCAGCAAUGGCAGUCCCAACUCCUCCAUCCAGAACAACAGUGAUAUUAGCUCUAGAAAUACGUCAUCCAGCGAGAAGGAAAGGCGAGCACUGAUGAAGGAGAAGAAACACUCGAAGCGAACCAAAAAAGAAAAAAAGACAAAAACGAAGUCGUCCACGAAACCGAAGGAACCUCCGCGGUCCACCAAAGAGCCGCCGAACGUGAAGUGCGUUCUCGUCGGUGACGGAGCAGUCGGCAAGACGAACCUAAUUGUGACGUACAUUCAGGAUCGCUUCAACCCGGAGUACGUCCCGACGGCUUUCGACAAGUAUAAUGUUGACGUCAGCGUGGAUGGCCGCCCGAUCUGUGUGACGCUGUGCGACACCGCCGGCCAGGACGCACUGGAUCCGCUCCGGCAGCUGUGCUAUCCCGGUUCCGAUGUGGUCCUGCUUUGCUUCUCCGUUGUCCAACCGGGCUCGUUCCGUUCGGUCGCGACCAAGUGGGAACCGGAAGUGGCCCGACUGAAGGGCUGCUCGCUGGUACUGGUCGGUACGCAGUCCGAUCUGCGCAACGACCGAAACACAAUACUCAAACUGCAGGCUCAGGGAGAGAAACCGGUUCCGGUUUCGGCAGCAUGGGACUUUGCUCGCAAAAUUGGAGCCAAAUACAUCGAGACGUCUUCGCACAGAAAAGAACGAAUCAAGGAGGUGUUCGAUACCGCAAUCUGGGACGCACUGCAGGCGCGCGAAUUCGACCGGAAGCGACCGCUCUGGAAGCGGAUGUUCUGCCUAGCCUGCUGAAAUGCCGAGCGUGGAACGUAGAACGUGUAUGCUCAGAGGGAAUCAUGAAUCGAACCGGAAGACUGGUUUUUUUUCUUUGUAUUUUAAACAAAAGUAAUUAUUAUGUUUACUGUAUAGAAUGUUUGUAUUAUAGUAGGAAGAUAGUUUAGCUUAACUAAUGACAGUGACAAUGUUGAAAUUAUUUGCACAACACAGAUUUUUAAGCAAUGUAAUGAAGCAAAAUUCUCUUCUGUAUAUGUAUUUACCGUUGUAUUUGAGGGUAGGUUAAAGACGGACGCGCGACGUCUUUCGCCAAGACGUUGGGGAAGAAUUGUGCUCCAACAAAGAAAUGACAGUAAAUUAUACGAAACUUUUAUGGCUAACUGUAAGCAGAAAACAAUUCGAACAUUAAUUGUAAAUGUACCUAGACACUUGUAAGAAACAAAACAAAAACACACAUUCAAGUCUUGCCAAUCCUAUCCAAAAACCACCGUAGUCGAAAAGCUACGGAAGCUGACUGAAAAUAAACCGGAAAAUUUAUCCCAUUGAAA